AUGGUAGUCGCCUCUGCUGCUGCUGCUGCUGCUGCUGCUGCUGCUGCUGCUGCUGCUGCUGCUGCUGCUGCUGCUGCUGCUGCUGCUGCUGCUGCUGCUGCUGCUGCUGCUGCUGCUGCUGCUGCUGCUGCUGCUGCUGCUGCUGCUGCUGCUGCUGCUGCUGCUGCUGCUAACAGGCGUUAUCCCAAUGACUUAGGGUAAUCCAGUUGGGCCUUGAAAAUCACACGGAAGGCUGUGUUGGGGUCCACACGAUGCCCGGAAUCAACAGUGUGUGCGAGAAUGGCGCUGUUUAUGCUUUCGUUCCCCCAAAACGGGUCACGUGAUAGAUGCGCUGGACCAACACGGGAGCCACAUCGGAUUCUGGCAGGCGUUAUCGGAAUGCGCACCAUAGCAAAUGCUAACAUUUCGGGGGGUGCGAUGGCAGACCCAGUUGCUGGCUGACGCCGCGCACAUUGGGACCCGUGCCACCUCCCCAUUUUUGUUGUUUGUUAAUAUCCUGGUCGUUUGCUGUGUGGAACAGGGGAUGUGAAGUGGAGCGCCAAGGUGCGGGCUCGACGGUGCCGUCCACCUUCGUCUUCCCCGCCUCCGAUAUUCCUGACUUUGUCUUGAUACCGGGCCCAGGUGGGGAUGAAGAGAGAGUGUGGUAG